AUGACUACCAUAAUCUUAAUGAUAUUUUUUCUUAUCUUUACAACAAUCAACGCUAAUACUUAUCAAUGCGAGAAAGAUCCAGGUUGUCAAUGCUGGUCAGAUGAAUUAGACGAAAUAAAAGUAGUUUACAGUGCAGAAAACGGUGCGACGUUUGGGAUAAAAGUUAAAUCAUGGUCAGAUUUGCAGAUUGAUUGUAAAGAUAUGGGAGGAUGGAAUAACUUUGAUUUCACAAGCGUACAAUCCGGAAAGAUACUCAAUACGCUGGAGUUUAUACAUUGCGAAUUACCAAACACAAUUACAUUAAAAAAUGUGGUGAAAAAAUUAGGAGUGAAAGACACAAAUGCACUCGUCUUUCAAUCUUUUAAAAACCUUGGUGAAACACUACAAAGAGAGCAUCUUCAAGAAUUUUCAAAUGUGACAAAAUUAGUUUUAUCUCAUAACGGUUUUACUAAUAUUUCAUAUAAUGUGCUUUUGGAUUUAUACAAAUUGGAAUACCUUGAUAUAUCUGAAAAUGAUCUUAUACUACAAAAAAAUAUUUUCGUAGGAACACCAAAUCUUAAGCGACUUGAAUUAUCUGAAAGUCGAAUAAAAGAGCUCGUCCCUGGAUUAUUUUUUAAUUUAAAAUUUCUAGAGAUUCUAAACCUUAUGGGAAAUGAAUUGAUUAAACUUAAUGUCAAAAUAUUUGACGAGCUAGCAUCAUUAAAAUAUUUGAACCUACAAAUAAAUCUCUUAUCCGAGUUACCGCAAUUAAUUUUUCAUAAAUUAAAAAGAUUGGAAACAAUUGAUUUGUCAUUGCGACAAGUACUAUUGUAUGGUAACAACAUACCUGCAUUAGUACUGCCAGAUUAUUUUUUCUCGAAUUUAGAAGGACUAGAAGAAGUUGUUUUGAGCAGUAAUGGAUUUGAAAAACUAACAGAAAGUCUUUUCUGGGGUUCAUCAUCAUUAAAAUAUAUCCAUCUGAAUGAUAAUUUUCUUAAAACUUUACCCCAAAAUAUCUUUAGAGGUCUACUAAAUGUUGAGAUACUCGUAAUAUAUAAUAAUAAAAUUGAAACUCUUCCUGAGGGAAUUUUUAAAGAUUUGAGAAAAUUAAAAAAACUUGACUUGUCCAAGAAUCAUAUUGUUUCUAUAUCAAGAUAUAUGUUUGAAGGUUUGAUAUCUUUGACUGAACUAAACAUGGAAAGAAAUCAUUUGAAACAUAUCGAAAAUGCAGCUUUAUCAACCAUUAGAAAUCUAACAAUUGCUAGGUUCUCUCAUAAUGAGCUACAGUUAAACUUUACACAACUCGAGCACUUUGCUAUGGAUCAAACUGGGGAACGUGAAGUUAUGGUCUCCGUGGGCCAUAAUCCGUUAUUAUGUGAUUGUAACUUGUAUGAUCUCUUGCGUUAUUUAUACGAUGAUAUGGACAUGAAUGUUUAUAAUUACAUUAUAAUUAAAGUUGAAAAUUUGAAAUGUUUAUACCCUAAUGGAAUGGAGGGGCCAGAUCUUAAUCAACUGCAUUAUACCACCUAUAAAUGUCCUGAACACGAAUACUUUGGAAUUGCAGAAAAUUGUCAAUUUGGUUGUACUUGCAGUAUAAGGCCAUAUGACAGAACUCGAAUUUUAGAUUGUUCAAACAGAAAUAUGUCUGUAUUCUUAAUCGACAUGGCAAAAGUAAAUUUUGUGGGAARGUAUCCUUUAAUAUUAAAUCUCACCGGGAAUGUUUUAACGGAGAUACCAUCAAUGGAAGAUUUAAAACAAAUAAACAUAAUAGGUUUAUUGUUAUCUAAUAACAAUAUUUCUCAGAUAACGCUCGAGAAAUUACCAAGAAGUCUCAAAGUAUUAGAAUUGCAUAAUAAUAAUAUAUCAAAAUUUGAUGUACACGUAAUGGACUAUUUGAUAUCUAGUUCUUUUAACGAAUUUACUUUAAGUGGCAAUCCACUAAAAUGUGAUUGCGCUAAUGAAGAUUUACUUGAAUUUGUCCAAUUAAGGCGAUCUCAUUAUAAGGAUUUAGAUGAAUUAAAAUGUAAGAAUAUGGAUCUUCCUGUGUACAAUAUGACCAUUGAACAGUUUUGCCCAUCCGUUUCACCUUUAGAACUCAACUAA